CAAGAGAUGGAUAGUGAAGAAUUCCGCCAACGUGGCAGGGAGAUGGUAGACUACAUCAUCGAGUACAUGGAAACCAUAGGAGAGAGACGUGUGACUCCGUCAAUUGAACCGGGAUAUCUGCGUGAAAUGAUUCCCAAAAACGCACCGAAAAAAGGUGAAAAGUGGAAGGAAAUCAUGUCGGAUGUCGAGACUAAAAUCAUGCCUGGUGUGGCCCACUGGCAGCACCCGCGGUUUCACGCUUACUUUCCAUCGGGUAAUUCGUUCCCCUCCAUUCUCGGUGAUAUGUUAUCUGAUGGAAUUGGGGCAAUUGGUUUCUCUUGGGCCGCCAAUCCUGCAUGUACUGAAUUGGAGACUAUCGUUCUUGAUUGGCUUGGUCAAAUGAUUGGUCUUCCGCGCGAGUUUUUAUCCUUUUCAGACAACAAAGGUGGUGGAGUCAUGCAGUCAUCAGCUAGUGAAUGUGUGUUGGUAUCUCUACUAGCUGCCCGUGCCCAGAAAAUAAAGGAACUUAAAGUUCUAGAUCCAUUCACUGAGGACGGUGUCCUGCUAUCCAAGCUAGUUGCCUAUUGUUCAAAGGAGGCUCAUUCGUGCGUAGAAAAGGCUGCAAUGAUUGCAUUUACAAAAUUACGCAUUCUGGAGGCAGAUGAGAAUUUAUCUUUGCGUGGUGCUACGUUAGCCAAGGCUAUAGAUGAAGACCGAGCUUUGGGCUUGGUCCCAUUCUUCGUGUCAGCGACAUUAGGAACCACCUCUUGCGUCUCGUUUGACAAUCUGGCCGAAAUCGGUCCGGUUGCUAAAGAGGCUGGGGCAUGGCUUCACGUCGAUGCUGCUUACGCUGGCAAUGCGUUCAUCUGCCCGGAAUUCAAGUAUUUGAUGGAGGGAAUCGAGUACGCCACGUCAUUUAAUACCAAUCCAAACAAGUGGCUUCUGACCAACUUCGAUUGUUCCACUAUGUGGGUAAAAGAUCGUUUUAAGCUGACCCAAGCCAUGGUCGUCGAUCCGCUAUAUUUACAGCAUAGCCAUUCCGACAAAGCUAUAGAUUACAGGCACUGGGGUAUUCCAUUGAGCCGUCGAUUCCGUGCCCUCAAGCUGUGGUUUGUCAUCCGCAAUUACGGUGUGGAAGGAUUGCAAAAUUAUAUUCGCCAGCAUUGUCGUCUAGCUAAAUGUUUCGAACUCCUAGUCAAAGCUGAUGAGCGCUUCGAAGUUUGCAACAAUGUUCGGAUGGGAUUGGUGUGCUUUCGAGUCAAGGGUGAAGAUCAAUUUAACCAAAAGCUGUUGGCUAAUAUCAAUGCUUCCGGUAAACUGCACAUGGUACCAGCUUGUAUUCAUGGCCGAUUCGUCAUUCGAUUCUGCGUGUGUGCUCAAGAUGCCAAAGAUUCUGACAUUGAGUACGCCUGGAAGGUUAUCAGUGACUUUGCCACUGAUUUAUUGGAUGGGAGAUCCGAGGAUAAGAAAUCUCAGAUUGCAAUGACUAAAGUAGAAGCGAAGGACGAGGAUUUCGUUCAGCAUGUGGAAAAUUUGGAGAUUUUAGAGUUGAUGGAUUUGAUGGAAAAAGAGCAAUUUCCUACCCAAAAGAAUUACAGAAAACCUGGAAGUUGGUUUAAAAAAUUAGGAACACGAGUCAGAAGAAUGGUAAAGAAUUCCGAUCUUCACUAAGUGAGUGUGUUGGUAUUGUAGUGAAAUUUCAGAUAAUGUACACAUGCUCAUGAUAAUUUCAUCAGUCGAUAAAUCUAAUCAUCCAGUGUAAAUGCGUUUUGCCAUGCAAAACGCAAACAAUUUUACUUCGGUAGUCUCAAGUCCCUAGUUUCUGUAUUGAUGUUUUUCUUUCAAAAUUGAAAAAUUAGUCCAAUGCUCCUAGAAAAUGAAUGAAAACCAGGAAAUGUGAAAGUCUUCCUUUUCUUGAAAAAAACUAGAAAUUAUGGAAAGACAAUAAAAUAUUUGCUGAUUAAAGUGUAUGUAUUGUUGAGC